UCUUAGCGUAUCAUUACAGAAAGCAUAUGCUACCUUGAGAAUGGUUUUCCAGCAUAGAUCGGUGCUGUGUCGGAGAACAAAGUCAAUGUUGUGUGAUACUUUGGUACUUUCCCAUGUGAACUACUGCGAUGUGGUAUAUGACCCUCGUUUAAGUUUUGUGGAUGCGAAGCGGAUCCAAAAGCUUCAAAAUUGUUGCUUGAGGUUAAUAUUCGGGAUAAGAAGGCGUCAACCAAUUUCUCAUACCCUGAGAUUAAAUGAAUGGAUUAAUAUGAAAAACCGAAGCGUGUUAACUUAUGGCGUUAUUCUAUGGGGAGCUGCACCAGAUGCUUCAGUAGUAUUCCUGCAACAGAAGAAGGCGAUAAGAGCAAUUGCUGGAGUAUCACAGAGAACAAGCUGCAGGGAGUUGUUCUCUCAGUAUGGAAUAAUGACCUUACCAGCAAUAUACAUACUUACCUGUCUAUGUUCCUUGUACAAGAGUGACAAAACCGAGUCAUUUCAUCAUGAUUAUUCCACUAGAAACCGACAUAAAUGGAUACUCACACAACACCGUAUAAAGAGAACCCAAGAUAGCUUCAACUUUUUGGGUAUCAAGUUGCUGAACAAACUUCCUCAAGGCUGGUUGGAACUGAGCAAAGUUUCCUUCAGACAUCAAAUGAAAAGGUUCUUGACAAAAAAUGUAUUCUAUUCAAUAAAAGAAUUUUUAGAUUAUAAAUUUUAGAUUUUGAAUUUUAUAAUGUAGUUCACUUAUUAUCUGUAAGCCAGUUGCCAUUGUGGUUUUUUAUUAUGUUUUUUUAUUGUGGUUUUUUAUUGAAGUUUUUAUUGUGACUUAUUAUUGAAGUUUUUUAAUGUGACUUAUUAUUAUUAUGUAUUGGAUAUUUAUUGUAUCAA